CGCUUUAAAAAUAUUGCCGUUGUUACGCCUGUAAUAAUUUAUUUCCAUGAGCUAUGACAGUUUUAGAUAACAGGAUAUAUAGCGAGCAGAGUCCACCCUUGCUUGGAGAACUGCAAGGGAAAAAUAAAAAUAAUUCAAAAGAUGUUGAGUCUGGACUUAAUACACGAGAAAAAUGGGGCAAAGAAAUUGAAUUUUUAUUAUCAUGUAUAGCACUUUCAGUUGGUUUAGGUAAUGUUUGGAGAUUUCCAUUUAUUGCAUUAGAAAAUGGUGGUGGAGCAUUUGUUAUACCAUACAUAAUAGUAUUAUUAUUGAUUGGUCGACCAGUUUAUUAUAUGGAAGUUAUUAUUGGGCAAUUUUCUAGUAGAGGAUGUAUAAGAGCAUUUGAUAUGGUACCAGUUAUGAGAGGAGUUGGAUACGGUCAGGUUUAUGCAACAGCAUUAGCAACAACUUAUUAUGCUUGUAUAAUGGGUUUAACUGUUAAAUAUUUAAUAGCAUCAUUUUCAUCUAUAUUACCAUGGGCAUAUUGUUUAGAAGAAUGGGGAUCAAAUUGUGUUAAUGCUACAAUUAAUGAUGAUUCAGUCCAACAUGAUUCAAUAGAUCUUAAUGACGGCGAACGUGGAUCGUCAGCUGAAUUUUAUUUUACUCGAAUUGUACUUAAUGAAGUUGACAAUCUUGAUUAUGGACUCGGUACGCCAAGUAAAGAUUUAUUAAUGUGCUUAGCAAUUACUUGGAUAAUAAUUGGUCUAAUAUUAUGGAAAGGAAUAAAAAGUUCAGGGAAAGCUUCAUAUUUUUUAGCAAUUUUCCCAUAUGUUGUAUUAAUCCUUCUCUUUGUAAGAGCUAUAACACUUCCUGGAUCAAUUAAUGGGAUUAUUUACUUUUUAAAACCACAAUGGAAUCAACUUUUAAAUCCAAAAGUAUGGUACAAUGCAAUAACACAAGUUUUCUUUUCUCUUGCAAUAUGUUUUGGUACAUUAAUUAUGUAUGCAUCAUUUAAUAAUUUUCGAAAACGUGUUUAUAGAGAUGUAAUUAUAAUAACAACAAUAGAUUCAUUUACAUCAAUGUUGGCUGGUUGUGUAAUUUUUGGAAUCUUAGGAAAUCUUGCAUACGAAUUGAAAACUGAUAAUAUAAGAGAUGUUGUAAAAGGUGGUGCUGGUUUAGCAUUUAUUUCAUAUCCAGAUGCAAUAGCAAAAUUUCAAUGGUUACCACAAGUAUUUGCUGUAUUAUUUUUUUCAAUGUUAUUAGUAUUAGGUAUUGGAAGUAAUAUAGGAAUGUCUUCGUGUGUUAUAACAGUUAUAAAAGAUAAAUUUAUACAUAUACCACAUUGGAUGUUAGCUGGUGGAAUGUCAAUUUUUGGUUUUAUAUGCGGUAUAAUAUAUAUGACACCUGGUGGACAAUUUAUAUUAAAUUUAAUUGAUUUCUUUGGAUGCUCCUUUAUUGGGUUAUUUUUGGCAAUAUUUGAAUUGAUUGCUGUCGCAUGGAUCUAUGGUGUAAAUCGAUUAUGUAAGGAUAUUGAAUUUAUGUUUGGUAUAAAAACUGGGUUAUAUUGGAGAAUAUGUUGGGCUAUAAUUACACCAUCUCUAAUGAUAACUGUUCUUAUUUACCUAAUUAUAGAAUAUCAGCCAUUAAAAUAUAAAAAUAUUGAUUAUCCACCAUUAGUAAUGGGUAUUGCAUGGGUAAUUUAUGCAAUUGGUAUAUUACAAUUACCGAUAUGGGCUAUAUAUGCAAUAUAUCAACAACCGCAAAAAACUUUAAUAGAAAAAAUUAAAUCAUCAUUUAAACCAACGAAAAAUUGGGGUCCACUUGAGAAACAUAAUUUUGAAGAUUAUCAAAAAUAUAGAAUUAAUAUAGAAAAUAAUUCUAAUAUAGAAGAAUUAAAAUUGCUAUAA